AUGAAACUAGUGCAAAUGAUCGAAAAAAUUUCAGUGGAAUUCGACGAUGACUGCAUGAGAGCAAUGUGCGAAACUGACUCAGGUUGUGUACCGAAAGGCUGCUCCAGAGAUAUUUACGGUCGACUUGGAUGUGGCUAUUUUCGACUAAACAUCUACCAAUACAAACAAUGCUACCAACCGGGCAGGCUGGAUGAUCAGGACGAGGAUGAAGCGUGGAUUGCGUGUUCAGAAGAUUAUCAAUGUUCACAACAGUGCCUUAGGGUAUGUAUUUUCAUUGAACCAGGUUUCAUUGAAACAAACCAAACAGAUUUGCAAUAG